GGAAGUACACCCUAAGGAGCGGAAGUGCUUGCCGACUGGGGUCUGCCGCGGUUCCGCGAUGGUGGGUGGCAGUGGGACGCGGCAUGGCCUCCUGGAAAACGCUAACCCCCUCAUAUACGAGCGCUCCGGGGAGCGGCCAGUGACCGCGGGCGAGGAGGACGAGCAGGUUGCGGACAUUAUCGACGCGCGCGAGAUCUUCGAUCUCAUUCGAUCUAUCAAUGACCCGGAGCAUCCACUGACGCUGGAAGAAUUGAACGUCGUAGAGCAAGUCCGGGUUCAGGUGAGCGACCCUGACAGCACAGUGGCGGUGGCCUUCACACCCACCAUUCCUCACUGCAGCAUGGCCACCCUUAUUGGCCUGUCCAUCAAAGUCAAGCUUUUGCGAUCUCUUCCUCAGCGUUUCAAGAUGGACGUGCACAUUACGCCAGGGACCCAUGCGUCAGAGCAUGCAGUGAAUAAGCAGCUUGCAGAUAAGGAGCGGGUGGCAGCUGCCCUGGAGAAUACCCACCUGCUGGAGGUUGUGAACCAAUGCCUGUCAGCCCGCUCCUGAGCCUGGCUUUUCACCCCCAGUCCCACCCAGGGGUCAUGGCCUUGUUUUCUUGAAUCACUGACAAUAAGAAAUUAACAUUUUCAUUUUAUAAUAAAUCUUUAAUUUAUAUUCCUUUCUCA